GGGGGGGCGGGUUAGUUAGCAGCCAGCAGCCAGCAACCGUUGCCUUGAUCCGGAUCUAGUGUAAGUGUAUCAGUUGGAAUCUUCUUUUUGUUCAACGCUUUCUGAAAUUGGCCAAUCCGAGGCCGGAUAAUAUCUUUGCUACUAUCGACUAUAAUGUAUGACCGACAUUGGGAAAGGACCGAUUCGUUGUGUGUGUUAGUCGGCCGGGAAUUGCUAUCUUUGGCCAGAAGGGUACCAUAUCAUGCACACCUCCUUGUAAACCACCCUCUCUGUCUCUUGCCGGCCCGGAAUUUGCAUUUCGAAACUAUCGAUAGCAUGGAAUCCAAGUCGUUGAUAAAUGGAGACAGCCACAUCGGUGCUCUCCAGGUAGACCGCCAGGUUGUCCUCCUCGGCCAGCUCCAACACCUUCCGAGUCAACUGCGUACCUAUCCCUCUACCCUGAUAUUCAGGAUCCGCACAGACAAAACUCAAUCCUAACCCGUACAGUCGAUUAGCUUUGCCUGAUAACAUCGGAGGAGGCGGCCCGACCCGGGUGACGAUUAUCAUGAAAACGGACGUAAACAAGGCUCCCCUCGGACGUUCUCGGAGCCAGAUAUUGAUGACGGCAUUGCAACUUCCCCAGACUUUGCAUAUCUGUCUAGGAUACACCCGCGCCGCCAAGCAACGCCAGCACGGGAUAAGAUGGUGGGAGCACACUUACGGUAGCAAGGCGGCUCAUCUCGCAUCGAUCUCUCCUUGGCUUGCUCGGCGAGCGAAGCGUAUUCAUCCAAAAAUCGACGGCAGCAUCCAUCCAGGUGGACAAUAUCGCCCCUUUCAAGCUUGACAUCCUGGGGAUGGGAUGGGGAGGUCCAUUUCACGAACCCAGUCACCGGUCCAUCUGGGCCAUCCCGCGAGACCAAAACACCAGACACUGCGUCGCGAAUCUCGUCGAGCGUCUCGGCCUCGAGAAAGCGGCGAAGCGCCUGGAGACCUUCUGGCGUGGGAAACUGUGCAUGCAGGAGUGGGUUCGAACCCAUGGCGGAGAUGUGGAUUUCUGCGAUGCGCCCAGCAUCAGCCUCGGAAGGGCGGGAGAUGACGAUAUCGUGACCCAUUGCGGCGGUACACACACACACACACACACACACACACACAACGUUGGUCGUUGAGGUUGUGGUGGAGCGGUGGGUGACCGACUGGUCUCAGGCUGAGAUGGUCCAGUUUGCCCAGAGAAAUCAUGUGACAUAGGGCACUGUGUAGCCACUCAUGGAUCGUCGAGUCCUGAAUGGCUCCAGGUUGGCAGGGGUGAAGCCGAGGCGAUGCUGGUAGCAGAGGACCGGGUGUUGAGUUUGUCCUCCUCCAAAGACUCCCGCAACAUUUGACAUGGCUUCUCCAACCAGGCCGACCACUCUGGGCCGAGCUGGUUGAGGUGAAUGGCAACCGACGUCAACAGAAACUGGCCCGAGUUUCCAAUCAGCCAGAUGUCACGACAGAAAUGCAGGGCGACAUAAAAGUAGGCGAGUAUGGCCAGCGCUUCAGGCUUGCCUACCUCGACAGCAUCGACAAAGGGUCUAGGAAUCAUCACACUGCUAAAGUCAGUCGUCGUCUCACGAUUCGUGCGAAGUCAACUUACGCAAAACUGCACAACAUAUGAGCUCGGCUGCGAUAGUUGGGCGUGGCAUCAAACACCCACUGGAGAUACUUGAGGACCUUGAAAAACGCCUCCCGCUGCCCAUCAUCCAGAUCUGGGGAUUCCCGAACUCGUUGUUUGAUGUCGUCGCAAUCCGAGCCGCCGUCAUUAUCACUGAUCUCAUACCAACGAGGGACGAUGUGGUCAAAGAGGAUGCUAAGCUCCGUCUUCUUGAGAUCUUCCCAGUGGCCUUCCAUGACUGAAAGAAUGCCUCGAUGGAGACGAAAGUAUCCUGUAAGCCUGGCCAGGUUGGAGGGAUAGGUGUCGUCUUGGUACGCCAGCAUGUCGCACAAGGCAUGAAAGCCUAGGAUCGCAGAGAACAGGAAGACGGGCACUCGUCGCUCGAUCGACUGGGCAAAAUACUCGACAUCGAAGCUGUUGAAUAGAGACAAUGCUUGCGUCUGAAGCUCAAUGGCAAGGUCGUGGUAAUAGGCCGUGUUGCCGGUUCCGGUCAUACUCAGAUGCCGGCUUGCCAUUGCGAGGAUCGAGUGCAAAAGAAACGGCUCUUGGAGGGCAACUUCGACAAUGAUGCGUUUCAGUCCACCAUCGUAAUCGACAAACGGAUAGAUGUCCGAGUGGUUGGUCACAUAGUGAUAAAACAGCUGCAUGUGCACGAUGUCGACUUUGCCGUUCAUGUCCCCAGUGUGAGGAAAAGUUCGCAUGUCCAGCAUAGGUGGUGCCGGUGCCUCCGGCGAGAGAGCCGGAGCGGGCAUGCUGUGGUCCGAGGCCGCCACCGAGGCAGGGGUCGAGACGGAGCCUGGGAAGGGCGUCUGUUGAGAUACCGGCGCGGGACUCCCUGAGGUCUCGGAAGGUGAUUGGUAUCCAGGGGUCGAGUACUGGCACUCCCUCUCCACAGUCGUGCAGUUGAUGCACCGUGGCCGGGUUUCAUCGCACUGCAAACCGUUGUCGGCGGUUGAACAUGUUUCUGUAUAGUGACCGAGCACAACUCACCUUGAUAUGCCGCUUCUUGCACUCCAGACAUCCCCGGCGUGAUUUCUUGUGGCGUCUGCGCAUCAUUUUUGAAAGCUUUCUGCCAAGGUAGACCUUGUAGGCGGGAUUAAAGGUGGUCACGACUUUGCUGUGUUUGUUUGAGGCGAUUGAGCUUCGUCACGAAUGCUUCUAUCGUUAUAUGUCAACGGAAGCCAAUCCCUGUGGACCAAAGCCGCGUAGUCGUAAUUUCCCCUCUGACGCGGAGGCCACGCAAAGCAUGUUCGAAGAGUCCAUUCACAGCCACGGGAGGGUCUCAGCAGCUGGACCGUGCCGCCAAGACCGGCGUUGACAGGGGUAUGCGCGCCCAGCAAAUGGAACCACCUCCGGCGGCCGUCGAUAUCGUCAAGAGCUUUCGAUGACAACACCGCACAGACAGGAAAUGCCUUACUGUAUUCCAGGGUAGAAGCCUAAGGCAGCUGGCUAUCGUCGUCUGGUGGUCGUUCCCAACGACGCUUGGGGUUGGCCGGCUUGUUCUUGGACUUGCCCUGGUGCCGGGCACCACUACCGACAAAGUUCAGAACCCAAUCUCGAACCUGGCGUGUCUUGUCCAGCUGGGGAUGCCGAUUGGUGGUGGACGCCAGAUCCGAUGCUGCGUAGUGGCCGCCGCUCUCUUGGGAGUCGAGUUUCACGCGGUAGAGAAGGUGGACCUUGGAGAGAUCCUUGCGGAGACUGGACCCAUAGACCUUUUUCAGAAAAACAUUCAGCCCAAUGUUCUGCAUUAGGACAAUGUCUCCGGGCCGCAGUCCGGCAAGGCAGCUUUUCUCAACAUCAUCUGAUGGUAGCCAGUAGGUAACGGUGAAACCAGCUCUGGUCUCAUCACCAACCAAAAUCUCUACCAGAUGCUUUGAGCCCCAUCGGGUGUUGACAACUCGAGGCCGGGCAACCGAGAUGAUGCCUGCAAUCAAGUUGACGCUCGCGGUCUGCGGCAUGAUCUUGGUAAGACACGAGGCUGGUGGGAUAUCUUUCAGGUCGGUGAGGUGAGAAUCUCCCCGAAAAGGCAACGGCCCCCUCGCAGGCUCGUGUUGGCUGGGGCCAUCAGACAGAAAAGAGGUAGUCUCGUUGCUGACACAAGAGUCUGACUGGUCGCUUUGGCUGUGGUGAUUGACAAGGUGGGAAGAGGGCAUUUCCUGAUGGAUUGCUAUUGAGUGCUCGUAGAGCUGUGACAACGCAUGGUUCUGGGACUCGGCCCGAGACUGAAACUGAGAUUGAGAUUCUCCGUUUCUGGUCGAUACGAAAGAGGCAGUAUAUACUGUUGUGAAGAAGUCGGUUCCCGUCCCUGGAAGAAAGUCUGCUGAUUCAUCGUAGCAGGGGUCAAGAGCGACCUGCUUCUGGCGGUCGUGUGGGAUAUCAGUCCUCUCCAGUGUCAACGACCUCCAGGCAGCGUGAUCCUCGAUUGCUGGACGAGGCUGUUGGCUGUCUGUUGUGAUUCCUGCAAACCGGGCAAUCGGAUCGGAAAAGGCUGACAGCAGCCCGGAUUCCCAAUCAAGCGUGCUACUCUCGGGAGCGCCAGUAAAGAUCAGGACUUUUGACGGCAUCAUGUCGAUUGGAUGUUGUUGUCAAGAUGUCAGAUGUCAGUCUUCAGUCUUGUUAGAUUGGGGGCACAAAGUUAAAGUGGGGAUGGCACGGGUGGUGCCGCUGAGUUAACAGGGUGUGAUGGGAAAGUGGGGACAACAAAAGUCCAGCUACACCAGAUGCCGAUUAUCGAGGAAUUGUCGAGUAAUUGUCGAGGAGUUGUCCAUGCGGCCGGUCAGACAAAACCUGACUGUCUGCUCAGAUGGUCUCGGGCGGUCUCAAAGCUCUUUGACUGUCUUGAUCAGGGAAUGUUGCUCGGUUGCUUGAUCCAUCGAGUGAUCCGUGCUCUAAGCUGAAAAGUCCGAAAAGAGAACACUCUGGGUUAGACUGAUGAUGUCCGCCUUACCUUGCUCCAGCUGCUGAUCGAUCCACCGGGAAAUUUGGCAGUUGGGAUAUCAACAGCUCCACCGACUCGGCCAGCAAACUAAACUUUGUUUUGUACUGUACCACCACCACUGCUGACCUGACGACGUAUCACCAAGGCAAAAAGAAGUCAUAGCUUUGCUGUCACGGCGGCAUAAUAUUAAUACAUCAUUCUGGACCAGUGGUUUUCAGCCACCAACCUACUCCAAAUACCGGAUUCUCUCCACCUUGUACCGGAUCCAAAAAGGCAGCCCGACCAGCUCUUAUAGCUCAGCGGGCCCCCCGAUACUUCUUCGACCACGCUUCAAACACUGUUCAUCUUUAAUCGACACCAUGGUACCACCACCUUGGGACCGAGCUCCUGAAAAGGACACUUUAUUUGUCCUGGUGACAGGUGCCAACAGCGGCAUCGGCUUCGGCAUCUGUCAACGCCUCAUCGACGAUUACCUCUCCACCCGCUCUCUGACCUCCCACCUCAUCCUCAUUCCCACCACCCGCUCGGCCAAAAAGUCCCAAGAAACCGUCACCGCCCUCCGCGCCCACACCCAACAGUUCGCCGAGUCCUCCCCCGCCCUCCGCUCCCGCACCGGCCAAAACUACGACCCCCACCAAGCCACCCGCCGCAUUCACAUCCUCUCGGUCCAACUCGACCUCUGCAACCUCCCCACCAUCACCGCCGCCGCCGACCAGCUCCUCCAUGGCACCUUCUCCUCCUCCCCCUCCACAUCCCCCGACUUUGAAUCCCUGGAAGACGUCAAGAUCCCCCGGUUGGACUCCAUAAUCUUCAACGCCGGCAUCGGCAGCUGGUACGGUCUCAACUGGGGAAAAGUCGCCCACAACAUCCUCACCAAGGGCAUCGUCUCAGCAACAACAUGGCCGACCUUCAAGGGGGGCAACUCGGGCCAAACCAUCGCCCCCGUCCCGGGGAGCAAGGAGACAAUGGGAGAAGUCUUUUGCGCAAACGUCUUUGGCCACUACCUCUUUGCGCAGAAACUGGUCCCCUUGCUCUCCCGCCCCAAGCCAUCCGCCCUGCCCCCCGGAAGAAUCAUCUGGGAGAGCAGCAUCGACGCAGACUGGGACACCUUUUCCCUGGAAGAUUUUCAAGCCCUUAAAACCGAGGCCGCCUACGAGUCGACCAAACGACUGACUGACGUUUUGGCGCUGACGUCGUCCCUCCCGACGUCGAAACCGUACGUUGAUCAAUAUUUUUCUGUGGCGGAAGACGAGACGCCACCCAAGAUGUACCUAGCGCAUCCGGGCAUCGUCCAGACGACGCUUUUUCCGCUCAACGCAUUCAUGUUUUUUUGGUAUCAGGUUGUGCUUUAUCUGGUAAGGUGGCUGGGUUCGCCGUGGCAUCCGAUCACGGGGUACAACGGGAGUAUGGCGCCUGCUUGGCUGGCGCUGCAGGAGCAGGAGGUGUUGGAUAGUGAGCGGGCCGAGAGGGUCAAGUGGGGGAGUGCGGCGGAUCGGUGGGGGAAUGUGUAUGUCAGGAAGACGGAGGUGGAUGGGUGGGGGUGGGAGGGGAGGGUGGAAGAUGUUGAAGAGUUGAAGGAGAAGGGGUUAUUGAGUGGACGGAAGGGGGGGAUGGAGAUGGUCAAAGAGGAGAGGUUGGUGGAAUUCAAGGAGUUGGGUGGAAGGGUGUGGAAGAGGUUGGAGGAGUUGAGGGGGGAGUGGGAGAGGAAGGUUUGAUAGUUGAUGAGUGAUG